AUGAACCAGAACCCCGGCGGCGGCAACGGCAUCGUCAACAACCCCCACAUGAUGAACAUGUACCCGCAACAGCACCCGCAACAGCCUCAGCAGCGCCAGAUGAUGGCCCAGCAGCAGUAUCUGCAGCAGCAGCAGACCAUGAUGAUGGCCCAGCAGCAGCAGCAACAGCCGGGCCAGCCCCAGACGCCCCAGGGCGGCCAGCUCCAGCUGGGACCCCAGCAGCGCUUCCAAAUGCAACAGCGCCAGCUCCAACAGCAACGCCAGCUCCAACAACAGCAACAACAACAGCAACAGGGACAACCCCAGCCGCCCCAGUCGCAGCAGAUGCCUCAGGGCCAGCCUCAAGGCCAACAGCCUCAAGUGGUCAUGGGCCACGUCGUCGGCCAGCAGCCGCCGCCACUGGCGAAAGGAGGUCCCUACAUGAACCCCCUGGCCAAUAACUCGCAAAAUCACACGCCACAGAUCCCGCAACUGCUGGGGUUCGUGCUGGGACCUCAACCGAUGGCUCCCCUGGGCCAGCCGCCAGUGAGGUCACAAAUGGGACCCCAACUGCAGGCACACACUCAACCACCGACACCCCAGCCUCCAGGAGCCCAGCCUGGUGGGCCGAUGAUGCCGCAGAUGGCGGGUAACAGCCAGCCAGGAGCCCAGGCGCGAGCAGGCCAACCGCCGGGUCCCCAGCCGUAUAACCCACAAAUGCGAGCGGGACAAGCAGGUCCGAUGCCCCAGAGGCAAGACCAACAACAACAGGUGGAGAUCCAUGCCAAGAUCUUCCGGCGAAAUUUGGGCAACGCCGGCGUGGUGCGAAUACUCGACUUGAUCGACCAGAUCCUGGGGGAACUGCGGGACAAAUUGCGCAGUAUUGAGUACUGGCAGCGGGUGGCCCAGGUGUUCCUUUUACCCACCACUUCGCUACGGUUUACCACUACUCCUCAGCUGCAACCGGGAAGCAAAAAGAACCUGCCCCACAUGUCGGGUGGGUUUAUGGGGCUUGGCGCGGCUCAGAACGGCGGCCUGGUGCUAUACGAGCUUAAUCUGACCACCGCCCCCAGGUUCUUCGCUGCCGCGGUGGCGCUGUCGCUGAUCCAGCUGUUCUACAUCCACUUGCCGGGCCUCAAGUUCCAGGUAUUCGCGUCGCAGGCGGUGCUCAUCACCGCCAACGUGGUGAUGACCUACGUGUACAUGGACGGGUCGCUGGCGAAAGUGCACGGCGACAUGAAGCUCUUGAUGACGCGGGACUUCCGCAUCGACUGGGCCGACGUCAAGUGCCACCUGUACCAGUCGUCGGUGCUGCUGGCCGCUCUCGAACGGCAAUUGCACGCCUUCCAGGAGAAGACGGGCGUCGACGUGCUGGAGCUCAUUUCCCAGGUGUGCCGGGGGCUGGAGGCGGCCAAACACGCCCGUACCGUGGGGCUCGACGAUACGGCGAUGCAAGUGAUGCAGAUCCUGGACGUCAUGGGCCAGUUGCGUCUGUUGAUGCAGUUCUCGAUGGUGAACAACGUGGUGCUGCCGGUAAAGGCGUUGGACAUGUUUGUCAAUGCCAACCACGCGGCGGCGACGGCGGCGGGACAACCACCGCGGCCACCGCCGCUGGCAGGCCUGAAACGAGGCAGUGUGCUGUCACCAUCACCACUCACGACGUUUGCUGAGGACCCGAAACAGGCCGCCCUCAAGAAGCGCAAAAUGAGUAGUGUCGGCUCCCCCCUCACCAAGUGA